AUGACACCGGUUAACGUGGUUCUGAGCCCACCCGAGACGAGCUCGUCAAUGAUGGACGUUCAGGAGUGUUCUCUUCUUCGGGCGUCGACAACGCAGCCCCCUGGCCACAAGUCGGCAGCGUAUGGUGCGGUCUCUCACGGCUCUAUCGUACGAUCCUAUGGUGUUCUGAGCUGUCUUGGAGGCAGACAAUCGUGCAUUUCGGCCAUGCUGACGCGCGACGAAGCGGUCUCGGGCAGCUGUUGUCAGUCGAAGUCUUCCGCUUCUUUGGAGAUCUCUCGUGGAUUUGGUUACCUGGAAUCUGUUUUGCAGACGGUGAACAGUUCUUUGCCUUGCAGAGUCCACUACCGAAACAACGCCAUAUUGGAUCGUUGGCAGUUUAUUGAAGAGGUAGUAGUGGCCUUGUAUGAGCAUGGUGAACUCAAACAGUCCUUGACCUUUGACGCCACCGGCACAGACUACCUGUCCUGGUUCAGUCCUGAAAAACUCAAGGACGCCGGCAACUGGAAGGACCUGAAAGGACUAAAGACCAACUACUUCAGUAUUCCUGGCUACGUCGAAAUGAAGCGAAACUUCUACAUUAACUACAAGAUCAAGAACUGUGCAGGGGAUAUUAGUUGGCUCAUAGUCGUUGAUCACUCUGAGGGUACAUGCAACUAUGAAAACAUUCCAAAGUUCCCAGUGUUCUUAUACAGCACUAACGCCACUACUGUAGCUGAUAAAGCUAAGCACAUGUCUCGAGCUGACGUCAUGGCUAUUUUUGUCAAGUAUCAUUCAAUUUGCCCUGCUUAAAGACAGAUCCAGCUCAAUUCAUAAAACGACCAAAGGACAAAAAAUAUUGGGACUGAAAAAGUCAGAGCUAAAAGCGUUUUAAAAAAGAAUUUGCGGUUUGCUCAUUCUUUAGAAUAAAGGUUAUUACGAUUUGAAGUCAAUAUAUUUGUAUGAACGAUUUGUCUAUUUCUCGAUUCAAGGACAACUUUUCCAGACUUCAAAUAAGCUUUAGUGCUCAGCCUUCUGGGGAAAACAGAGAAAACAGAUAGUUUUAAAAUUUUGUCUUAUUAUUCUAAUAAAAAUUUAACUUGAGUCUGCGCAAA